AUGUACUGGCCGAAUGGAGUCCCCCGGGUCUACGCCGCCAAUGGCCCUAAUAUUGCUGAAAUCUCGCACGAUGACGAUCGCCAACCCAUUCUCCCUUCUCCGGAUCGAAGCAACUCGAUAGAAGAUGUCGAAAACGACUCCAGUGGAAUACAGGACCCAGUGGCCUCGGUCGAGCAGAGCAGCGAGCCGAACGCUGAACCCCAGGCCGACAACGAUGCGGUGAAAUGGGAGAAUGAAGUUGUCAAUGGCCUCUGUGUCUCUCGGCCUGGGCAUAUGUUUGCGACUAUCACGAAUUCAUCGAUCUCCCUGUGGCAAACUAGACCAACAGCAGUUGUUGCUGCGGUGGUCCGGUCUUCUUAUUCCCUUCAAACAUAUGGACCCAACGUUGCGCUUUUAAUGCAUCCAGACUCAACAAUCUUGGUUGUACAAACUCUCCAUGGAUACCUCCUUACAUAUGCGAUAGCAUCGGACCCCUCAACACAAGUCUACCAACAACGGUUCGACCACUCAACGCACCCCCGCCGACAACAACUAGCACAUUUCUCUGCCGUCGAAGAAUCAAAUGUUGUCGGAGAUAUUAGUAUCAGGUUUCGGAUGGCAAUCAAAAUCGAGUCUGGGAUCGUCAAGGCCCUAGCCCUCGAUCAUGAGCUAGUCGUUGCUACAGUAAAACCGCCCGCUAUACAGUGCAUUCGGUGGGCGCCAGAGGCAAGUAGUACACAAACCACGUCAGAAAUGCUGAGCCGCAUUCUGGGAGUCCCCAAGAAUGUGACAAUAUUGGAUAUGGUCUAUGACCGCGCUAUGAAUCUCUUGAUUUGGCUCACGAGCAAUGGGCAAGCAUAUACCGUGCAGCGAACACCGGGGAAUGAAUCUGAUCCAGAGGCAACCAAGAAGUUAUUCUACGGACAUUGCUUCCAUGAGCCCAAGGAUGACGGAGAGAAAGCUGUCAAAGUAGCCGUCAACGCCCGCUUCUCUCUGUUGACUGUAAACUGCGCCAAUGGCGAGAUUCUCGUUUACACAGCCAAAGAUUAUACGGGCAAUGUUCCUCUGUCUCAAAAGCUACAGCUUCCAGCAACACCUACUACUACCGGAGCGUUGACAUUUAUGAAUUAUUCGCCCGAUGGAUACUGCCUCUUCGCCGGCUAUGAAAAUGGCUGGACAACAUGGAGCGUCUUCGGGAAGCCUGGCGGGAACAGUUUUUCUGUUGAUGUCUCUUUAGCAACUUCCAAUGGGGAGAAUUGGCUAACAGGGGUUUCUAAUGGUUGCUGGAUUGGUGGCGGAUCUGAUAUUAUUCUAGCAGGACAGAAUGACCGACACCUCUGGAUCCUGGAAACAGCUCGUAGCGCUUUGACAGGCUGUUUUUCCGCUGCUAAUCUCGCACGAGGAUUAUUACAGACUGGAACGGAGUUCAUUCUCUAUCGGGGUCAUGACUUGCCCGAAUUAAUGACAAUUUCAGGCAAAGAUUCACUAUGGCAUCAUGCCCAAUAUCCACCGGCGUAUCUCCACUCUCAGUGGCCUAUCCGCUCAUGUGUCGUUUCUCAAGAUGGUCGAUAUGUUGCUAUUGCCGGGAGAAGGGGCCUCGCGCAUUAUAGUGUGGCCAGCGGCCGGUGGAAAGUCUUCGAGGAUUCAAAAGUAGAAAACUCCUUCGCUGUCCGAGGUGGCAUGUGCUGGUAUGGACAUAUAUUGAUUGCUGCCGUUGAGAGCGAUGGCUCGUAUGAGUUGCGUCUUUAUUCGCGGGAAGCGUCAUUGAACAACAACUCCGUUAUGUACAUCGAACACCUACCAUCUCCCGUGGUGUUCAUUGGCCCAUCCGGAGAAGACUCUAUAUUAGUCUACACCUACGACAACAUUCUUUAUCAUUAUAUCAUCAACGCCACCCAGCCACAGAUAACCAUUGUCCCCGUUGGACAGAUUGCGUUCAAUGGUAUUGUACGAGCGCCAACCCGUGUACGAUCAAUUAGCUGGGUCUUGCCGGAAGAGCAAAUGCGAAAUGGUGAUCCUUCACAAGACGUCAAAGUAGCAUCGGUAAUCCUCCUUGUGGAUGGAAAUUUGGUCUUACUACAGCCGACUGUGACUGAUUCAGGUGACCUAAAAUACGACAUGAGGGUCAUUUCUCAUGAUGUCGAAUACUACAUCCUAAUGCGUGAUCAGCUUUCUUUUAAUUUUGCGCCUCCGGUCGAUGAGUCUCUCCCGGCUAGUCCAUCUGCUGAAAUGGUCCUCGGUCCAUCUUAUAGCAGUCUGUCACUUAGAGACUCUCUCUGGACUUUCCGCGGUCAAGACUUGCUGGCAUGGAAUGAUGUACACGAUGUUCUGCAGCAAGAGACAGUACCUGCAGCACUUAAUAUACCCCUAGAUUUCUAUCCCCUUUCAGUCCUAUUGAACAAGGGUAUUGUUCUGGGAGUCGAAUCCGAAACGAUGCAGCGACGAGACGUGACCUUCACUAGUUUGAAGUUUGCCAUUCGGACACAUCUCUUCCUUCCGUACUUCCUUCAGUACAGCUUAAUCAAUCUCGGGACACCUGCUGCUCUUUCUCUUUGUCGGCACUUCUCACAUCUUUCAUACUUCGCUCACGCAUUAGAAAUUCUCCUUCAUCAUGUUCUUGACGACGAAGUCGACAAUGAAAGCCGUGCCAGCAAAUCCGAUGUUCCAAUUCUCCGUGAGGGACCUCUUCUUCCCACCGUCAUCGCCUUCCUCCAAGCAUCCCUCCCAACGCGCGAAUACCUCGAUAUUGUCGUACAAUGUACUCGAAAAACCGAACUUAGAUUCUGGCGCACUCUAUUCGCCUACUUACCUCCACCAAAGGAUCUGUUUGAACAGGCCCUCAAACUUGACGCACUCAAAACAGCUGUCGGCUAUCUGCUCGUCCUCCAAGCUUUUGAAGACGAGGAACAGGGUCACGAUGGCCGUAUUGAAGAAUAUGUUGUCCGUCUCAUUGGCUUAGCUUCCCAAAAGGGUGACUGGGAAUUGUGUGCUGAACUCGCCCGCUUCCUCAUUGCUCUCGAUUCCUCGGGAGAGAUGCUCCAAAGGGCGAUUGGCCGUGUAGGAUUGCGCUCUUGGACCUCGAGGAACGGCAGCAACCCCGGCUUUGGAUCGAGGUCCGGAUCUGCAGCCGGUGUGAAGGGGCUUGGUCUCAGUCUUCCCGUCAGGACUCCCUCAUGGUCCUCUCUUUCGCCAACGGGGUCGUUAUCGCCGGUUCAGGGGCGAGACGGUGACGUCUCAGAUGAAUACCCGCAUUCUAUAGAUAGUCGGGACGGUCUUUGA